ACGGUGUUGUAAAUAAGGCCGUGAGCACACGUGAACGCUCGCAAGCAUCGUUUGGUCGGCGAUACCUUCCGGUUAUUAUUAUUUUUAACAGUGGCGGCAACCGUUAGGUUAUUGAGUACGAUCCUCGGCAGGAUGUCUCUUUCACCAACGCAGAUGCUGGAGCAGCGAGCUGUGCAGGCUGAGCAAAUGAUUGAAUUGUUGACCAAACAGAUAAAUCAAAUCAAGACUGCAGCUGUUAAUAAGCAUAAGGAGGAACUGCGCCAGGAGAACGUAGGGUUGUGCAGAGAGGUAGACAGAUUGAAGAACAUACUGGUGAAACUGGAGACAGCACAAGGUAUUCCGCAGUACUACGACUUCACAAAGAAAACUGAAGAGGGUGUGCCAUGUGUUCAAGAUACCAAUGAUGUUAGUAUUCAGAAUGCUCCACCUCCAAGUAAAGCAGAAGAAAUUAUAGAAGCAAAACCAAAGAAAGAAAAGCCUAAAAAGGAGAAAGCUGAUAAAUCUGAGAAGAAAGAGAAGGGAGGUGGUGGCAAGAAACCUGAAGAGGACCUUCCUGUAGAUGUUGGGCGGUUGGACUUCAGGGUCGGAAGAAUUGUAGAAGCAAGCAAGCAUCCGGAUGCUGAUGCAUUGUAUGUAGAAAAGGUGGAUGUUGGUGAAGAGAAACACAGAGUGGUGGUAUCUGGAUUAGUUAAAUUUAUCCCAGAAGCAGAGAUGCAAAAUCGUAUGGUGGUUUUACUGUGCAACUUGAAACCAGCUAAAAUGCGUGGUGUAACAUCUGAAGCCAUGGUUAUGUGCGCCUCAACACCUGAGAAGGUUGAGAUUUUGGCACCACCAGAAGGAAGUCAACCAGGUGAUGUUGUGUUAUGUGAGGGAUAUCCUCGAAAUCCUGAUAGCGUGCUUAAUCCCAAGAAGAAGAUAUUUGAAACUUGUGCUCCUGACUUAAGGACAGACAGCAAUUUGAUUGCUACUUACAAAGGUGUCCCACUAACUGUUGGAGGUAAAGGUGUAGUAAAAGCACAAACUUUAGCUGAUGUGCAAAUAAAGUAAAUAUUUUUUACUCGGGAAUGUUGUUUAAAUUCUUAAUGAAGCUCAAAAUUAAAA